AUGUCAGAUUCGUCGGAGGAAACAAUACAUCCCCCGACUGACGUAGAAGACGAGGAUUUUCAUCCUACUUACGAAGACCCAGAGCCGACAGCUCACUUAUCCGAUUUAGUACAAGGUUCGCACGACGAAUCAUUCGAUUCUACCGCCUCAGACGAUCAAUUACCACCGUCAAGUCGUUUCAGGUUCCCGUUUAGGGCAAUCCCCAGCUCAAGCUUACCAAGCUUCGCUCAACCAUCAACAGCGAGCUCAAGCACACUACCCACACCCCCGGUAUCGUGUGUAGCACAGCAAGCCCCGCCUCAAUUCGUCUUUAGUCAGCCCCCAGCACCUUUACCACCGUUACCUCAAGGCUUGCAAACGCCCAUACCACCACCUCGUCCAAUGGCUUCCUCUGGAGCCACAACUUCGGCUGCUACAUCUUUGUCAGCACCUUCUAUUAGCAAGAAGGUUAUUGUCCAGAAAAUUUCCCCGCUUAAGGGAUCGGACGAUUAUGCUGUAUGGUCGUCAAAAAUAAAUGAUUUAUUGUUCCAAUUAAAACUAUCUGGACACAUAAAUGACGAUUAUAUAAAUGCUCAUAAAACAGACACGACAUGGGCCGAUGACGAUCGAAACGCACUAAUUACUAUACGGAGUUGCGUUGACCAAAGCGCAUAUAUUCACGUUAUGUCAUGUACUACAGCGAAAGAGGCAUGGGACAAACUCAAAGAUAUGUUCGAGGUACAUGGAAUGCUAGCAAAAUUGUUCCAGCGGCAAAAGCUUGAUAAUAUACGAAUGACCGAAGGCGAUAGCCUCGAACACCACAUUAGGAAAUUACGUACCAAAUUCGAGACGAUGCAACGCAUUUUGGGCGAUGCAUCAAGAUGGAACGAGGAGGAGUGGAUAACACUCCUAAUUGGGUCAUUACCGGCCUCGUGGAAACCGGUUAUUCAGACAUUACCGGUUGAAUAUGAGCAAGGCACGACAGCUGCAAUCACUACCGAAAAUAGAAAGAAAAUGGUUUGGACUGUUACCGAACGGCUUCUUGCCAAAGAAGCACGCCUGAAAGGCGAGACCGCUCCAAAAGGGGAAUCCGGGAUGUUCAAUCGCGAUCAAGCAAUGCGUUUUCCUAAACCGAACGGCAAUUUCAUUUCUGGAAAGAAACCCGGACAAUGCCAUAACUGCGGAAAAAUGGGCCAUUGGGCCUCUGAAUGUCGAUCCUCAGGGGGAGAAUAUAGAAAUAACAAUUUUAAUCGAGGAUCGAAUUCAAACAAUUGCGGUAAUUCUAAUUACAGAGGCCGACACCGAGGUCGAGGCCGAUACAAUAGCAAUCGCGGCCGAACACAACAAACGAACGCAGCGAUAAAUAAUGCAAAGGACGAGUAUGGUAUGAUGGCCAUACCUACACAAACCCAAACAACGCCAAUUAAGCAACUGUGGAUAGCUGACUCAGGGGCUACCACGCAUGUAUGCAACAAUAAGACCAGUAUGUUUGACUUACAGAAAGUUAACGGUACCGUCGACGGAGUAAAUUCGGCCGGUACCUACGAAUACAUCGGAAAAGUCGAACUCGAAGUUCAACCAACAUACCAUAGGGGCAAAUGA